UCAUUUAGAUUUUACAUGCACCAUCAUCAAUGUUUUGUGACUUAAGAUUAUGAAAUGAAUUUCAAUUAUUUAAUCACAUUCUUCCUCAAUCAACGCCUUGUGAUAUGCACAAACUCGGGUAAAUACUCCAAAUCUUUUGGUACUAGUAUUGUUAAGUGUUGUUCGUGCGAACAUAUCUUAUCUCGAUCAGAUCGUGUCUCAAUCUUGGGCAUGGUCCCAUGUAAAUAAUGUUAUAAAACUUAAACUUAGGUAUCUUUUUAUGUUUUAUUGUAAUAAAGUCAAUAACCUUUUGGCUGAGACUAAUACGCAGGUGAAAAAGAAAAGCUGGACGUGCAAAUCAUGACUUAGCCACCAGUAAUUAGCCACAAAACGUGCAGUCCAUGCUUACUCUCUCUCGUAGCCACUAUUUCGUUAGCCUUAAGACUUAGCCAUUUGUCAUAUCUCUUCUUACUAGUUGACAAUUUCAGACCAAAGAAACAAAAAGACAAUGGCUGCUGCAGUUCUCAUGCCAACAAUUAGCUUCAGAGACGAGAGCACUCAUGAGGAAAUGAAGAAGAAGAUUCUAGUCAAGCAAGCGAGUAUAAUGCAAUCCGAGAGGGAGAUAUCGAUGGACCCUAAAUCAAUUAGGUCAUUCUCUUUCUCGGGUUCGCUUACAAGGAACGAUAGCUUCGAUAUGGUUCUCUUACCGGCCAUGUCACCUCCUAGAGACUUAGAUGCGCCUAUGCCUCUUCCGUUGCAGCCAGUGAACGGUAACCUCCCAAACUCGACCACUAAUUCUCCUAAACAACGUUCUGGUCUGAUGCGUGCGCUAAAAGGUAAGGAACAAGAUUCGUCUUGGUCGGCGUCAUUCAGGAGAAGCAAAUCUUAUGAAUCUACGAGCAAGAGACAGUCUCUUAAAAACUCUUUCUUCAUUAAGACCGAGUCGAACAAGAGCACCAGCUAUAACAACACUUUAGAAGACGGAUUCAAAUGCAACGCUCUGUGUUUAUACCUCCCCGGUUUUGGUAAAGGAAAACCGGUUAGGUCAUCAAGGAAAGAUGAUUCUUCUUCCUUCACCCGAACCACUACCACCACCACGUCAUCAUCUUCUUCCGUUACAAUUUCAAGAACGGUCUCCGUCAGAGAAUCCACCACAACCACUAUCUCGGUUCGAGUUUCAAUGGAGAAGUUCGACUGUAGCUCCUACGCUUCGGAAUCCGGAGGAGAAGAAGGUCGAGAUCACUCCUUUAACUUGCCGUCCGAGCUAAUCAAAAGCGGUUCCGAUGAAAACGACCACGAUGAUCCAGUUUCAGCGGCUUUCGUGUUCGACAAGGAACCUAUUGAGAAAGAGAUCAAAGGAGUUUUAAAGAUGUCUGGUUCGAAAAACAGUAGAUCGAUGGACUCUUCGGUUCGUCAGGUUCGAUUCUCCACGUCCCCGGCGAUCUCACCACGGUUAUUAGAAGCCACCAAGAAUUUCAAUACUUUCUUGGCAGCUCAGGCCGUUUGAGUGAUGAUGGUGUGUUGACUACAAUUAAUAUAUGUAAUAUAAGAAGUCUUGUUAUAAUAUUUUACUUCGGUUGUAAUUUUCGAAGUAUGUAUCAACUAGGUGCGGGCAUAAUAAUUUUACAAAAUUUAAACAUACAUUAUUUAUUUAAAAAUCACCACUUUUUUAAUAAUAAUAUUAUAUUGUUUCCAGCUAUAUUUUAGGAAAUCUCCAAAAAAUCUUCAUCGAUGUUAAUGUUAUCACCAAAUUUUAUAUUGUCACAUUUAAGUAUAUUUUUCAUCGAUGUUAAUCUUAUCACCAAAUCUUCAUAUAAUAUUUUUUGUCUAAACAUUUUUAUACUAAAAACUGAUAAGAUUAUUGUUGGUAACUACAAUUAUAUUACCUUGAUAAAUAUAUAAAGAUAUAUAUAUAUAUAUAUAUGUAUAUAUAUCAGCUUUUAUUUAUUUUGGACAAUAAAAGGUUAAUUAAUAUUUUUUGGAUAAUGAUAAUAUAUAAU